AUGACAUCAGAAGUCGUUUCCCGUUUGUUGACCGAACCUACCCGAAAUCCAAGAAUGAGCACCCUAAACAGUGCGUUCAAUAUGCCUGAGGAAAAUCUCGCAAUGCAAUGUGAUUCUUUACAGGACGCUGUCUCUCCACCAAAACCGAAAAAUGCUUUGGAAAGAGCGCACAGCUAUCCUUCGGAUCAAAAUCGUGAAUAUAAAAAAUUCCUGUCAUCGAGCCUCGGAAAAAUGCUCCCACUACUGGAAAGCGGAGAAUCGUAUGGAAUGAAAAAAUAUUAUGUGAUAAAUCCUCUAAUUCGGAAGAAGGAAAGAGCAAAUAAUGAAGGUUUGGUGUCGGCUGCGAGAACAACUGGAGAGCCAUUAGUAAAGAAAAGAAGAUGGGAUGGAGUGGUUACAACUCCAGAAAACAAUGAAGACAUGUUAAAGCAAUCCGUUACAGAGAAUAUGGACAAAUCAGUCUCGAAUCUACUGGAAACUCGAUUGGAAACUGUUGAGACCUGUCAUACCUCGGAGACCACAAAAGCACUUGCUAACAGCUCAGUGACCAAUCAGAUGGAUGUCCCAAACCAGCUGAUGUCUCCGAUGUCGAAGAAAAAAGAACCACUGGAAAAAACUGUGGACAGUGGGAACCAAGCAAAGUCGAGAAAAGUGGCGAUCUCAAGUCAGCAUGAGCCUCUCACUCUGGGAAAAGAAAAAGAAUCAGUGACACCAGCUAUGGAGAGUGAGAACUCGGUUGAACUACAGAAAGCUGCAGCUGAGGAGCUGUCUGAAGAUUCAAAAUGCCAAGAACCUGAAGAAGCUGAAAAGGAGGAGUUGAGGAGUACCAACCAAAUCUCCCAAACCGGAAGAAAAGGGAAAAAUAACAACAGAAAGCCUACGGAAACACUUCAAAUAAAAAAUAAGAAAGAACAGAAGGGUGCAGCCAACAAACCCGCAACUUCUAUGACUCCUCGACAAAAAGUUGAAGCUCUGCUUUUGAAAUUAAGGGAUGAGGAGAAAGACCAGACACUUCAGGCAGAUCUCCGAGUUAUUUUGAGAAAUAUCAUAAGAAUGGAUGAAGAAACCGAACUGAUGAAGAUUGUAUUAGAAGGAUUGAAAGAAAGAAUUAAAGAAGAGAAAAUCAAGAAGGUCCUAGAAAUCUGUCGACUCCACUACGUAGAGGCUGGAUUUUGUUGUGGAAGAAUUAUUGAUGAUUACCCACUAAUAAAAUGCAACAGUUGCGGUCAAUAUUACCAUCAUCCAUGCAGAGAAAUCGGAGCGAGGAAGCUUGGAGCAGGGGAGGAGUGCUCUUGCAGAACUUCUGUAGGCAUGACAAAAUGGAUUCGCUCAACAGACAUCCCUGCCAACGAGUUCUCCAACUUCAUGGAGGAAAAUAUGAAGAAAUGGGUGGGACCAAGGCAUCCAUUCAAAGUUCGAAGCUUCCUCACUAAUGAGAUGAGUGUCGAAUUUGAAGAAAUUAUCAAACAUUUCUAUCUACAAAUGGAACAGCCUCUGCCGAAUCAAACAAUGAGGAACAGGAUGGUUUUAGUGUUCAUGGAGAAGGAAGACAAAGAAAUUUUGUUUUGCGGAAUAAUUCUGAACGAAUACACGAGCCCUUUCAAAUCUGGUCUCUGCUCGUUCAAAUAUUUGGAUACCGUCAGCUUCAUCAACGACAGAAAUCAACGAGCUGCUGUUCAUAAUUCAAUUCUUUUGUCGUAUCUGGAAUACGCGAAGAAGAUCGGCUACACCAAUUCAAGUUUAUGGGCAUGUCCACCAAAGCCAUCAAAGUACUAUUUACUAAAAGGUCGUCCUGCCUACCAAACGAUCCUGUCUCAAGAACAGCUUAUUGCGUGGUACUUCAAACUUCUUCAGGAUGGGGAAGAAAGAGGAAUUCUACUCAAGGUCGAACAGAAGUACACUGGGCCAGUAGAUGCGGAUUUGUUCAAACUCAUGGACAACCUCAUGUGUGAUGAUGGAUACUGGAAUGCAAUUGUUGCAAAAAAGUUGGAGAGCUAUCCAAAGAUCAAGGACAUGGGAGUCAUAGACAAUGAAGAAGAAAAAAAAGCCAUAGCCAAAGACCUGUACGAUUAUCUGACCGAACAAAUUACUCUGGAAAAGUCAAACAAACAUCCAAUUCUUGAUAUACAAUUGGUUGAAAAAAGAACUUAUAGACGAGUCGCCGCCAUGGAGAAGGAUGCUCUCAUUCUUCCCAAUUCAAUAACAAAUUCUCGGGAUGAAUGGAUGAAUUUUCAAGAAAAAAAUCGUUUGAACUAUUCAUGCGACACUAUGGCAAUCUUCUCUUCACAAAUAACUCUUCAACAAAUUGAUGCUGAGCUUAAAAAAGCGGGUCUAUUGAACCAUGCAGGCCCAUCUCCAUCUACUUCCUCUUCCUGCUAA